GGAGGGCUUAUUUGCCCGUUUUCCUUGAAUAAAGUGCAGUGGUGAAAAUCAGCUGGUAAUUUCCACAAACAUCAUCGGCUAACGGCCUAGCGAGAUCUGCUGCGCUCUUCUUCCACAUCGACGUAGGCAAGGGACGAGCUUAGUCAGCCAAAGCCGCACGUCAGCCCGUCUACUGCACUGCCGCAAGCCGCGGGGUUUCCGCCGCACUGCUCAACCAGUUCACCGAAGCAACACAUACUCAAUGGCGGAUUCAUCAGAAGGAGAGGAAGAAGGAAAGAUGACAGGAGGUAACCGCCAGUUGUUGGUUGAUGAUGACCUCCGUGAGAUGGAUAAAAAAGCUGCCUGGAGUGUCAGCUCAUCCAAAACAGGAAAUGGCGUUGCUUUCCUCCGAGAUGAUAACCUUGAUACUUUUUGGCAGUCUGAUGGUACACAACCACAUCUGAUAAAUAUACAGUUCCAGAAGAAAGUGAAGCUCCAACUGGUAAUUCUGUAUGUUGAUUACAAACUUGAUGAGAGCUACACCCCUAGUAAAAUCUCGAUUCGAGCUGGUGAUGGCUUCCACAACUUGAAGGAGAUAAAAUCAGUAGAAUUUGUCAAGCCCACUGGCUGGGUGUAUAUAUCAUUGUCUGGGAAUGAUCCUCGUGAAACCUUUGUGAAUGCAUUUAUGUUGCAAGUGGCAAUUUUGUCUAACCAUCUAAAUGGGAGGGACACACAUAUCCGCCAGAUCAAAGUCUAUGGACCUCGACCGAAUCCCAUUCCCCUUCAACCAUUCCAGUUCACCUCAAAGGAGUUCAUUACUUACUCCAUAGUGAGGUAAAGUGCCAGCUAGUGGAAAAGAGCCACCUGUUUUAAACAGUAUGGAAUGCAACAAAUGCUUAUAAAGGAUGACGCAAUGCUGAUUUAUGAUGGCAAAACUUGUCAUAUGUCUAUUUCGUUAAUAUGCACUUGCUAAAUUUGUAGCCAUCCCUCCCUUAAUUCCCGAACUGUGGUCACUGGUGUGUCCCAACACCAUACUUAUAAGCAAUUACUGGCGGUUGGCUUCGGUGUAGGAGUUUGAGAUGUGAGAAUUGGUGGCCGAAUUGAGGGGUUUGUCUUAAUAUCUUCAGAAGAUAGGUUGCACAAUUAGGGCACUUUUUGAGCUUUGGCCUUUUGUCAUAUUAUUACACUAUAAUUUUAUGCUCUUAAGAAUGUCCCCCAAGUUAUAGGGAGAUUGGGUUAUAUUAAUUUGACUUGAAGAAUUGCUUUGAAGUUUGAAAGUAAAACUGGAAUUCCGGAAUACUUGUUCACUCUAUUUGCUAAUGGAAAUAGUGGCUCAAUUGAGUUGAGAAA